AUGAGCACAAACGGAUUGAAUGAACCAACAGCGACACAACAAUUGCCACAGCAACCACAGCCUGGUGGCUUUAUCUUUUUCCUUCCACCACCGCCAACAGUAUGGGUACAAUUUAAUGACGGUAUGCAAAUGGGGUUUACACCGUCUCCAACGCAAUACUUGCAAUCGGUCUUAAAUGGCGUCCCGAUUUUUGAAUCAGCUCCAGGUGGUGAUGCCAAUGGAAAUAACAGUAAUGGAUUCCUCAAUGCAUUGAAUGAGCUUUUUCAGCGCGCACAGGAUCAACGACACGGCCCACCACCAACGUGCAAGCUGUUCUUGGACAAACUGCCGAUGAAAAUGUGGACACAAGACCUGCAGAAGUCUGAGAGUCAAACAGAUUGUGUCAUUUGUUUGAGUGAGUUUGAGAAGGAUGACAAGGUGAUUUUGCUUCCAUGUGGUCAUACGUUCCACAAGGACUGUGGUAUGACGUGGCUUGUUAAACAUAAUGUGUGUCCCACAUGCCGAUACCAACUACCGACACAAACCGAACCUACCACGGCACAGGCCGCGACACAGACAACACCGACAGCAACGAUAGAACCGGAGCAAGAGCCUAAUUUACAAGACACAAACGUCACAGGUGUACGUCGUCAGCGACCAAGUGAGACGAGUCACCCGCGCGAUGUUCGUCAGCGUGUGAACGAGCCAACGUUGGCAUUGAUGGACGAAGACGCCGAAAUGGAUGUUAUGCUGGAGCAAGAAGCAGAACGUUUCGUCAAGGAAGAGAUGGAGCAGCAUGAGUCUGUAUCGAAUGACGAUGGCGUUGAGAUUCAUGACUGCGACGUAGAAGAAUUUAUGCACGAGACGUCGAGCAACUAA